AAUUUCGGUUCUAUAUCUAACUUGUGUCCGGGGCUGAGAUAAUAUUAUUGAACUUAAAACAGUGGAUAUAUCUGUUUAACUAAAACAAACCAUGAUAUCCAUUAAAGCUGUUCUCUGAAAUCUUGGGCGCUAAGCAGCAAUCACACCUUGAGACUCUAUCGUAAUUGGCUGCUGUUCAUCAUUUCAUCCAUGGAAAGGAGAGCUACAAUUGUUUAGUUCGAUGGGCUCCCAAAUCGUCGUUGUCUUUUAAAUUGUACUUAUGAAAGAUCUUUCCCGCCUUUUAUUCAACUCAUUAGAGCAACCAGCAAAACCUCUAUACAGCUAUACGAAAGUUUUUUAUGACCCUUCGUCUCUAUGUUAUCAUCAAAUCUCAGAUCUCUACAUUUUAUUUCUAAACCUCCUUUGAACCCUUCUCUUCUUUCUUCUUAUUCCUAUCUUCACAAACGUUCUCUUCCUCCUCUCAAGGGAAAAAAAACCCCUAUCAACCGUAACAAAAACCACUCUUUUUUUCUGGAUAACCCAUUUCUCUCAAUCCUACCAAAAUGCAAUUCCUUACCCCAACUGAAACAAAUCCAAGCCCAAAUGACCAUCAAAGCCUUAAUGUCAGAUUGUUUCUUUUCCAGCCGCCUUAUUGGCUUUUGUGCCUUAUCAGAACACAAAAAUCUUGAUCAUUGCAUUAAAAUUUUGUACAAUUUGCAGAACCCAAAUGUUUUUUCGUGGAAUGUUACUAUUAGAGGCUGUGCAGAGAGUGAAAACCCCAAAGAAGCCAUCUUUGUUUAUAAGCAAAUGCUUAGAAAUAAUGGUUGUAUUAGACCGGAUAAUUAUACUUACCCUUCUUUGCUUAAAGUUUGCGCCUUUUUAAUGUUGAAAUUGUUGGGUUUUGAAAUUCUUGGUCAUGUUUUAAAAUUGCGUUUUGAUGCAGAUAUAUAUGUUCACAAUGGCGUGAUUCACUUUUUGGUUUCCACUGGGGAAUUGGAGUUGGCAUCUAAGGUGUUUGAUGAAAGUUGUGUGAGAGAUUUGGUUUCUUGGAAUUCUUUGAUUAAUGGCUAUGUUAGGAGUGGGAGAGCCAAGGAAGCAAUAGGAGUUUAUGGGAAAAUGCAGGAGGAGGGAGUUAUGCCAGAUGAGGUGACGAUGAUCGGGAUAGUUUCUUCAUGUGCACAGUUGGAAGAUUUGAAACUUGGAAGAGAUUUUCAUAAAUAUAUUGAAGAUCAUGGAUUGAAUUUGACAAUUCCAUUAUCAAAUGCACUCAUGGACAUGUAUGUUAAGUGUGGGAGUCUUGACAGAGCACAAAGGAUAUUUGAUAACAUGGAGAAAAAAACAAUUGUCUCUUGUACUACAAUGGUUGUUGGGUAUGCUAGAUUAGGGCUUUUGGAUGCUGCUCGGAAGCUUUUUGAUGAGAUGCCUGAGAAGGACGUUGUACCAUGGAAUGCCAUAAUUGGAGGUUAUGUUCAAGCCAAGUCUAGUAAAGAGGCUUUGGCUUUGUUUCAUGAAAUGCAGGCUGGUGGUAUAAAGCCUGAUGAGGUGACCAUGGUUUAUUGUUUAUCUGCAUGCUCACAACUUGGAGCCCUUGACGUUGGAAUUUGGAUUCAUCAUUAUAUUGAAAAACACAAACUUUACUUGAAUGUUGCAUUGGGGACUGCUCUAGUUGACAUGUAUGCUAAGUGUGGGAAUAUCACAAAGGCUCUUCGGGUUUUCCAUGAGAUGCCAUCUAGAAAUUCUUUGACUUGGACAUCAAUUAUUGGAGGUUUGGCUCUUCAUGGAAAUGGACGUGAUGCACUAUCUUAUUUCUCAGAGAUGAUUGAAGUUGGGUUGAGGCCAGAUGAGGUUACGUUUCUUGGGGUUUUGUCAGCUUGUUGUCAUGGUGGUUUGGUGGAAGAGGGUCGUAAAUAUUUUACCCAGAUGACAUCUAAGUUUGGUCUGUCGCCUCAGCUUAAGCACUAUUCAUGCAUGGUGGACCUUCUUGGUAGGGCUGGGCUUCUAGAUGAAGCUGAAGAGCUUGUAAAGAGCAUGGCGAUUGAGCCUGAUGCUGUGGUGUGGGGAGCAUUGUUCUUUGCGUGUCGAAUGCAUGGGAAUUUUUUAAAGGGAGAAAGAGCUGCUUUAAAACUCCUAGAACUGGACCCUCAUGAUAGUGGCAUUUAUGUACUGCUUGCCAAUAUGUAUGGGGAUGCAAAUAUGUGGGAGGAAGCAGGGAAGGUUAGGAAGAUGAUGAGAGAGAGAGGAGUAGAGAAGACCCCUGGUUGCAGCUCAAUUGAGGUCGAUGGCACUGCUUAUGAGUUUAUUGUUAGAGAUACGUCUCACCCUGAAUCUGAACAGAUUUAUGAUUGCAUAAUUCAGCUAACACGACAGCUGGAGUUUGCUGAAUUUACGUGUGGUCUUCCUAAAUAUUACAAUGAUUUUCUCGUAGGCUUGGAACUUGAAACCUGACGGUCUAAUUCUAUGAAAAUUAUUCAAUGAAGGCUUCACUAUAUCAGAGUUAUAUUAAAGGUAUUCCAGUAAUUGGUCGUUCCAAUAUCUCUGUGGCUUUUGAGACUCAGUGACAGAAUGCUUGCCAAAUGCCAAUCAGGUUAUAUUUUGCCAUGAGUAUAUGCUGGUUAGAGCAGCUUUUCUUUUUUUUUUCCCCCAAAUGGUUCCAUUAUUCAAUGUUUCCAAGAUUUAAUUCAAAAUUGGAAUAAAAUCUGAUCAGAAAACUGCAGAUUUUUUUCAUGAUCUAUCAAAUCUGAAGGGUUUAGUACUGUCAAGGGGUAACAGAUUCAAAAAAUUAUUCUCCUUCUUCUUGUUCUUUGGAGUCGAAGCUUUCCCAGGUUUGAGUCUUAGCGGAAGAUAUUUUAAUUGCACAGAAGUUCAGGAUUUUAUGCAAUUACCCUUUUUUCUUAAUGGUGGUUUGGAAUCUGUUGUGGUGCUACAUUUUUUUUUCUUUGAUCUGUAUUUGUCUUGGACUGUGCAAGAAACAUCAAUCGAGGCUGCAUGCUGCAAUGGGUGGAAGAGACUUUGAUCAACUCCUUUGAUGUCUGCAUGAAGACUAGCGGUUGCUGGGUCUCACCGGGUUUGGUUUUAGAUUUUGAGUUUCAUACGGAAUUGUUGGAUUAUAUUAACCAAUGAUCCUUGUAAUCAUAUGAUGGCAAAAUUUUUGAGAAUUUGAUAAGGACUAGUUACCUGGGCAAUGAGCACUGAUAAUCUUUCAUUCUUUCUUGUCAUCAUUUUGCUUAUGGGAUUCAUGACAGAGCAUGCAUAUGGAAUUAUUAGAGAAA